CGGAACUGGCCUUGAUCGCCGAGGUCUAGGAGGGCCUUAUAAGCGACUGUCUGGCGCAGUUCGGAAACUCUGCGACAAUGAAAGAGGUCGUGGGAGCUCCGAUCAAGGCCUGGUACCUGAAUUUGCCACAGCCCAACAAUACGGUGCAAUGUACCUAUGUCUGGAUUGAUGGCACAGGGGAAGGCUUACGCUGCAAGACUCGCACCGUCGACAAGGAACCACUUUGUCCAAAAGAACUCCCCAUCUGGAAUUUCGAUGGUUCAAGUACGGGUCAAGCGGAUGGUGCUAACUCGGACGUUUACCUGUACCCCGUGGCCCUUUUUCGGGAUCCUUUUCUCGGCGGACCUAACAAGCUCGUCAUGUGUGAGACUUACAAGCACGACAGCACCCCACACGCAACCAACAAGAGACGAGCCUGUAAGCAAACGAUGGAUCGCUGCAAGGACCAAAAGCCCUGGUUCGGAAUCGAGCAGGAGUAUACCCUUCUUGAUUUAGAUGGAAGGCCCUAUGGCUGGCCCAAGAACGGAUUUCCAGGUCCCCAAGGUCCCUACUACUGCGGCGUGGGCCCUGACCGCAUCUACGGCCGCGACAUCGUAGAGGCCCAUUACCGCGCUUGCCUUUACGCGGGCAUCCAGAUAGCGGGAACCAACGCUGAAGUGAUGCCUGCCCAGUGGGAGUUCCAGGUUGGCCCUUGCGAAGGCAUCGCCAUCGGGGACCAGCUGUGGAUGGCCCGUUACAUCCUUCAUCGAGUGGCCGAGGAACACGGCGUCGUCGUCAGCUUGGACCCAAAGCCUGUGCCGGGAGAUUGGAACGGCGCCGGUGCUCACACCAAUUUUAGCACCCUGGGAAUGAGGGAACCAAAAGGAAUACACGAAAUUGAGGCUGCCAUCAAGAAGCUGUCGCUGCAUCAUUCGGAGCACAUCAAGGCGUACGACCCCAAAGGUGGCAGGGACAACGAACGCCGUCUGACGGGCCUUCACGAGACAUCCAGCAUCGAGGACUUCUCAUCGGGAGUGGCGAAUCGCGGCGCUAGUAUUCGUAUCCCACGACAGGUUGCCCAAGACGGCCACGGCUACUUGGAAGAUCGUCGCCCAGCAUCUAAUUGUGAUCCCUAUGCAGUCGCGGAACGAAUUGUCCGCACCGUAUGUCUCUAACAAUGGCUCGGAGACAAGAUAGUCGACUGUACAUAGUCGUACAGUAUAUAAAAUGUUUUUUAUUUACGUAAGAAA